AUUGAGGAUACGAGGAUGGCGGUUGCUGCUGCUCAAAAGAAUCGCGAGAUGUUCGCUAUCAAGAAAUCAUACAGCAUUGAAAAUGGAUAUCCAGCAAGACGUCGUUCCCUUGUAGACGAUGCUCGCUUUGAAUCAUUAGUUGUCAAACAAACGAAGCAAAGUGUAUUGGAAGAGGCACGUCAGCGAGCCAACGAUUCAACUGAUCCUGAAAUCAAUGAUCAAAUCCAGAAUGAUCAGCCAUUUGAAACUUCAUCGGGAUCCUCGAGUGAUGACGAUCAGCAAGAAACUCUCGCUUGUGCAGCGAAAGAAGGCGAAGCCAAAGCUGAAGCAUCAUCGUCAGAUGGCGAGGAGAAAGAGUACGGUGAUUUUGGAUUAACGGAGGAAGAGAUUGUCCUGGCGCGCUCGAUUGCCGAGAAUCCUGACGAUCAAUCGAUACAGACGGCCGCAAUGGUUUUGCGCCUACGCGAAGGUAUGACAGCAUUGCCACGGAUUUUGAAGACCAUCGAGAACUUUAAAGGUCAAGUAGCUCAUAUUGAAACUCGUCCCUCCAAGAAGGAUGGACAAUUUGACGUGUUGGUGAAAGUGAACAUGAAUCGUCAGAAUCUGUCAUCGCUGAUUAGAAAUCUACGUCAAGGCUCGUCCCUUGGUGGCUUGACACUGCUCGCUGAGAAUAAUAUCGCAGUAACGGUUAAAGAUCCCUGGUUUCCACGUCACGCUUCCGAUCUUGACAAUUGCAAUCAUUUGAUGACGAAAUACGAGCCAGAUCUUGAUAUGAGCCACCCUGGCUUCGCCGAUAAGGAAUACAGAGCGCGCAGGAAAUUCAUCGCCGAGGUUGCAUUCGCCUACAGGUAUGGCGAUCCAAUUCCCAAUAUCCCAUACACCGAAACUGAGAAUGAGACUUGGAAACGUGUAUUCAACACUUUGGUCGAUCUUGUACCCAAGUAUGCCUGCAAAGAAUAUUAUACUAAUUUCGAAAAGCUACGUGAGGAGAAAAUUUUCAAGUCAGACUGCGUGCCACAGCUUGUAGAAGUGAGUAACUUCUUGAAGAAAAAUACGGGAUUCACGCUGCGUCCUGCUGCCGGACUUCUCACUGCUCGAGAUUUCUUAUCGAGCCUCGCUUUUAGAAUAUUCCAAAGCACUCAGUACAUCCGCCACAUUAAUAGUCCCUACCAUACGCCAGAACCCGACGCGAUCCACGAACUUCUUGGGCAUAUGCCGCUGCUGGCCGAUCCGAGUUUCGCUCAAUUUUCUCAAGAAAUUGGCUUAGCCUCUCUGGGCGCCAGUGACGAGGAGAUCGAAAAGCUUUCGACGAUAUACUGGUUCACCGUCGAGUUUGGCUUAUGUAAAGAAGGCAGUGACACCAAAGCCUAUGGGGCCGGCUUACUUUCGGCUUAUGGUGAGCUCCUGCACUCGUUGGGUGACACAUGCGAGCAUCGGCCAUUCGAGCCCUCAACGACCGCUGUGCAGCCAUAUCAGGACCAGGACUACCAGCCAAUUUAUUACGUGGCCAAUAGCUUCGAAGACGCGAAGGAGAAGUUCCGUCGUUGGGUAGCAACGAUGUCACGGCCAUUCGAGGUCCGGUUCAACCCGCACACGGAGACCGUCGAGGUCCUCGAUAGCGUCGAGAGGCUCGAGGGCGCCGUCUCGCAGCUUAAUAUCGAGCUCACUCAUAUCACCAACGCUCUUAAGAAAAUGAAGCACGCGUUUGCGUAAGAUUUUGCGCAAUCGG